AUGGGUUUCGGACUGGAGAGAAAAUCCAAAAUCUUCAGCCAUAGCCGGCGGGACUGGGUUGGGAAUCACGACGGCCUAGUCGCCGUCUACACGCUCCUCUUUAAGGAGACCCGAGCUUCGUCCCCGCCUCUCGUUGGUGCUAUUGACGGUGACGCAGCCAACCAGGCUGCUGCCGCGCUCGUGUGGUCUUGGCAGCCAAGCUAUGAUCUUCCACUAGACCCCGAGACUAUGCGUGUGUGCUUAGUGAUGGAGAGCUGCCGGCCCAUGCUGACUAUCUGCAAACGCAGAUGCUUGUUUGUCACGGAGAGCGGCCUCCUCGGCUUGGAGCCUGGUAAUUUGCGUCCUAGAGAUGAGGUCUUCGCCCUGGGUGGCGCGCGUGUCCCACAUGUCUUGAGACAGACAGACGUGCCUGGCGAGUUCAGUCUCCUUGGCGACGCGUACGUUCACGGCAUCAUGCAAGGGGAGCUGUGGUGCAAGGGGAGCUGUGGCGUAAGAGUGAAGAUGGGACGGGCGAUGAUGGUCCGGUCAACUGGAAUCCGGUGAUGGAGCCAGUGACAUUGGUUUGAGGCAAGAUGGGCGGAUUUUGUUUUCUCCGCUUUUUGCCGGCUACGAAAGGCCUGUAAUAGGUAUUUAUAGGAGAGAGAUAGGCCUCUAGGAUUCAGUAAUGAGGACUCUACUA